UCUAUCCAAGCUAACAUGUAUACAGUACAACAACAGGCUUCUAAUUCUUAGAAAGCAACUGGCAGGUUGCAACACAAACCAAUAGCUACCGCGCGCGGCCGUGUCUGUACCAACUAUCUGCCAGCACGGUGUUUUACUUAUAAUGUUUCGUGCAUAACCAUGUUGCUCCACGCCGGUUAGAGCUGGCGCUGGAGAGGAUACAUCUCGGAGCGAAGGCGGUGCACCAGUGCGGAGGCUCAAGCAACGUUCACGUCUUGAGGAGCGGCAGUGGGAAAGCCGUACCACGCGAAGUCCGCGGAGCGAGGGCGGCACGCGCCGUGUGCAGCGCCUGUGAGGCUGCCCCGGCUCGCGGCCUCGCCACCUGAGGGCGCCGCAUUCCUCGGCGAUCGGGCCCCGGCUCCACCCUGCUGCCGCCUGCCGCCUGCCGUACACGUGGCUGUACGGCGGGCCGCUAGAUGGGCCGGCUGGAGGAUGCGUACGUGCGAGACAAGGCCGACGUGCUGGGGCGCGGCACGUACGCGGUAGUGUACGGCGGAAUUCACAGGCCGUCCAAUGACCGUGUGGCGCUGAAGCAGCUGCGCCAACACCUGCAGCCGCCGCUACCGCAGCAGCAGCAAUGUGCACAAGGAGCCGCCGGCCAGCCCAGCCGGCAGCUGUCGGCGGCCGAGGCUGCGGCGGCCGCUAUUGCGGCGGCGUGUGGGCAAGGGGCACAGGGCGGAGGCGCUGCGGAUGGAGGCAUUGCGGACGCGCGAACAGCCCGCGGCGACGGCGUUGACGAUCGCGGCGGCAUGGGCCUGGCUUGCCUGCGAGAGAUUAAAGUGCUGCAGGAGCUACGCCACCCCCACAUCGUGCGCCUCCGUGAAACUGUGACGUACAAGGAGUCCACGCUCGUGCUGGUGUUUGACUACGCGGCGGGCGGCGACCUGGAGGCACUCAUACACGGCCGCGGCCAGGGUCCGCACGCAGCUGGCGGCACGCCAGCGAGAUGCGGGCCUGGGCCAGGCGGCUUUGUCGCGACGGAGGACGACGUCGCCGGCGCCGCCCUGUCGCAGGGCGGCCUGCAGCGAGAGCCGCAGCCGUCCCAGCUGGGCGCCGCCGCUGCAGCGGGCGGCGGCGGCGGGUGCGGCCCGGGGCCGCUGGCUGCGGGUGUGGUCAAGGCGCACAUGAAGGCGCUGCUGGAGGCGCUGAUGCACUGCCACGAGCAGGGCGUGCUGCACCGCGACGUCAAGCCCAACAACAUGCUGCUAGAUGGCCAGGGUCGGCUGCUGCUAGCAGACUUUGGUCUGGCCCGCUACCUACCCCGAGAGCCACCCACCACCUUCUCCGCCUCUGCCGCCGCUGGUCUGUCCGCCGCCACCAGCGCGCUACCCACGCGCGCCGCCACCGCCGAGCCCUCCGCAGCCUCCCUACCUCUGCCCCCGCCAGGCGGGGCGCCCCAGGCGGGUGCGCGGGUGCCGCCGCCCGACGGCACGACCGUGGCCGAGGUGUGUGCGCGGCAGUUGGCGCUGGAGCGGGCGCGGCGGGCGCAGCGCGAGAUGGACGACCUCAUAGACCGAGCCUACUACGGCGAUGGCGACGGAGCUGACGGCGCAGGCGGAGGCGCAGGCGGAGGCGCAGGAGAGGAGCAGCCGGCAGCAGCGCCGGCUGUGCAACUAGGCGCGCCCAUGAAUGGCCACUUGCAACAUGUGGAGGCGUCACAGGGCCAGGCUGCCGACCACGCCACGGCGAACGGCGGCCCAUUCAGUGUCGCGGCCAGGGGCAGCGCGCUGCCGUCGCCGUUCGCGGCGCACGCGGGCAUUGCGGUCGCGGGCGCGGCGGCUGUGGCUGCGGCGGUGUGCGGCGGCUGCAGGCCGGGCGAGGGCCCCGGCGAGGAGGUGCCAGUCAUGACACACCAGAUCGGCAUGCGCUGGUACCGGCCGCCCGAGCUGCUGAUGGGCUGCCGCGUGUACGGGACUGGCGUGGACAUGUGGGCUGCGGGCUGCGUGUUCGCAGAGAUGAUGCUGGGCCGCGUGUGGUUCAAGGGCUCCACUGACCUGGAGCAGAUGGGCACCAUAUGGCGCACCCUGGGCAAGCCCACCGAGGACACAUGGCCGGGCGUGACGCAGCUGCCGCACUACCUGGGGCCCAGCCACCCGCCGCAGGACCUGGAUGCGCUGUUCCCCGGCGCGCCCCCCGGCGCCGUGGACCUGCUGCGGCAGCUGGUGGCGCUGUGCCCCGAGCGCCGGCCCACCGCACGCCAGGCUCUGGCGCACCCGUAUUUCGCUGCCGAUCCGCCUCCCACACCACCCGGGCAGCUGCCGCUGGCGCCGCCGCGGGGCACCGCGGCGGCGGCCGGCCGGGCAUCAGGCCCAGCGGACCUGGGCUUCGCUGGGUUCAGCGGCUUUGCUGGCUUCGCCGGCGGCGCCUUCGACCUGGCUGGCAGGGGCGGUGCGGGCCGUGGCGAGGAGCCGGCGGGGAUGCGGCGUCAGCCCAGUGGGCCGCUGCCGGGCCGGGCGGGGGCGGGCGUCAUGCGCGCCGGGCUGCAGGCGGUACCCUCGCUGUCCCGCAUGCCCUCGGCGGGCUCCCUGCCGCGCCUGCCCUCCUUCAACCAGCUGGAAUCAGGCUACCCGGCAGCAGGCGGCGGCCCUGGGGGAGCGGUGGGGCCAGGCGGCGCCGGCGGCGCAGGGGCGGGGCCGCUGGGGCUGUCGCGGCGGCCCAGCUACGGCCGCAUGUCACUGGAUGGCAUCAGCGGCAGUUUGUCCCUACAGCUGCCGCUGCAGCUGCAACUGCAGAUGCCGCAUGUACCAGCGCUGCAAGAGCAGGGGCAGGCGGCGGCGGAGGGCGCAGACGCGGGGGCUGUCGCUGCUGCCGGAGGCGGGGGCGGUCAGGCGCGGCGGCUGCCCAGCUUCCUGCCUGCCAUCUCGCUGCCGCACCCGCUGCCUGAUGCGGCGACAGCAGGCAUAAGAGCUGCACUGGCGGCGGCGACCGGCCCCGGCCCCACGCAGACCACCAGCGAAGCGGCGGCGGAGCCCCUUGCGCAGCCGUUCAGCCGCCGCUCCUGUCCGGGCUACCUAAUGUCGUUCUCCCUGCCGCCGCCGCAGCUGCAACAGCACAAGCAGCCGUGGCCUUGGCCCGUCCCGCUGCCGCUGGCGCAGCUGCCACCCCUGCAGGAGCAGCAGGAGCUGGCGGCACCCGCGCAACCCGUUGCACUGGCGGCGGCGGCGGCGGCGGGGCCGGCGGCCCUCACGGCGCCUGCAGGGGCCCGGCGGCGGCACCGGCCGCGCCGCAACCGCAGCUCCGCGGCCGGGGCCAUGUCGGUGUGCGAGUCGGCUCCCGGGCUGGGUCCGGCGGGCGGCGUCAUGGAGGGCUGCGGCGCGGAGGCGAUGGCGCUGGAUGGGGGCGACGAGGCGGAUGACGCGGGCGGUGGCCCGGAAGAGUUUGCGGAGGAGGGCGAGGGCGAUGAAUAUGGCACGGCAGCAGAGGGCGAGGAGGAGGGCCAGGAGGAGGAGGAGGGCCAGGAGGAGGCGGACGGGCUGGGUCACGGCCCCGGCUACCGGCCGUACCUGGAUGACGACGAGCAGGAGGACGAGGACGAUGGCGGGCGGCGGGUGGUGCGCCGCUUCAGCUUUGGCAGCAGCCUGGCGGCCACGCCCGCCGCCACCACCACCACUAACACCCUCGGCGGCGGGGCCCCUGCCGCCACCACUGGGCCGCCGGCAGCACACGGCAGCGGCGGCGGCCGCGGCGGCCACGGCACGGGCGGUGCGGGUGCGAUGGCGCAGUCCGCCGGGGGCGGCGGCAGCGACGGCGGCGGCAGCAGCAUGCUGAGUGCGGAGGUGGAGGGCGGUGACGGCGGCGGCGGCGGCGUGGCGCCCAUGGUGACUGGCGCCACCACCACCGCCUUCACCGCCGCGACGGCCGUGACUGGCAGCACCUCCGUCGACCUCAUGAGCAUCAGCUGCGCGGGGGGCGGCGGCGCCGCAGGCGGGGCGCGGCGCGGGGGCGCGGCUGUGGGCACAGCCAGUGUGGCGACGGUGGGCUCCAAGCGCUCACGUGCGGCCAUGCUCUCCGCCGCCGCCGCGGCCGCCGCGCCACCGGGCAACAGCGGCGGCGGCUCGGCACAGCGCCAUGCCUCGCACCACCACCUGCACCAUCACAACCACCACCACCACCAUCCGCCGCUGCCGCCACCGCUGCACGUUGCGUUGGCGGCAGCAGCGGCAGGGCCGCAGGAGCACCGGGCCAGUACCUCGCACAUCGAGGCCACUGAGCCGGGCGCGGCGCAGCCAGGAGCGGGCGGUGACGGCGCCGCCUGGGCCUUGGGCGCCCCGCGGAAUUGCAGCGGCGGCAGCGGCGGGCUGGCCCGGUCGUUGGCGACCGGCGAAGCGGCGGGUGCGACGGGCGAGGCGCAGCGCCACCGUUUGUCAGCGGUGGGGGCGGCUGCGCCGCACGGAGUGGUGCCGAGCCCGGUCCUGCGCGGCUUCAACGCCAUCACCGGGCGCGGGAGCAGCGCCGGCAGUGGCGGCGGCGUGGAUGUGGAGGAGGGGGAUGUGCAUGAGGGCAUGGCUGCUGGCAUGACCCGGCCCGCGGGCGGCGGCGUGACUGGCCUGGCGCCCACCACCUCCGUCUGCAUGUCCAUGGCCGCCUCCGCCUCCGCCUGCGCCGCCGACGCCCACCCGCGCCACCGCCGCACCGCCUCGGACGCCGCGCACCCACAUCCGCUGCCGCUGCAGCCUGCCGCUGAUGACGUUGACGACGAGCGCCCGGGCGCGGGCGCCGCACCGGCCGGGGCCCACGCCGCGCCGCUGCCGUCGCCGCCGCUGCAGCAGCCCCACGCCGCGACUGCCGCUGGCGGCGGUGGCGGCGGGCGGCUGUCUGACGUCAGCGUGGUGAUGUCGCUGUCCCUGGCGGGCGGGGUGGUCGGGGCGGACCCACGGGCGACGCAGGCGGCGCCGGGCACCGCUGCGCUGGUGGCUCCACCCACCGUGACCGGCCCCAUCCUGGCGGCCGGUGCUGCCGUCGCGCCCAUGUCUGUGGACCUGCCCACCGCCCGGGGGCCGCUGCUGCGUGCCGCCGGCGACAUGCGUGCAGGCAACGCCAUGGGCGCGGCGGCGGGGGCCGCCGCCAGUGCCCGGCAGGGCGGCGGCGCCGCCGGAGCGGCCGACGGCGGCGGGCUGGGCGGCGGCGCCGAACUGCCCAGCUUCCCGCACCGCCCACCCGUGGCGCCGCGCGUGCCGGCGGCAAGCGCCGAAAUGGGAGCCAUCGCGGCGGCGGCGGCGGCGGCUGACGGCGGCGCCGAGGACCUGAUGCGGCUGGGCGGCGGCGGCGGGGCGGGCGGCGGGCUGCUAGGGCCGGGCCUGGGUCUGGGCGUGGCGGCGCUGAGCGACUCGCCGCAUCGGGGGGCGGGCGGGGCGGGCGGCGGCGGCGGCGGCACGCGCUAUGGCUCUGCUCGGGGCCUGGGCACGCCCGACCUGACGUACCUGCGGCAGCGCACCGCCGAGAUGGACGAGCUAUUGCGCCAGGCCUCGCAGCAGCCGGACGACUCGCAGAAGCAGCCGCCGCAGUCGCAGCAGGUGCAGCAGCAGGAGUAAGGUGUGCAGCUGUUGGCAGGAGGUGCAGAGGGGGCUAGGCGCGUCCGCCACUGCGCACGCUGGCUGGAAGCGGGCCUGCCCCCACAUGCACGGGCUCCGUCGCUUAGCGGAGCGGACAGUUGUUGCGGAGAUGCAAGGCACGGGAUUGACGGCGGUUACCGGGAGAUAGCAUCACUGUACACUGAUCGCAUUGGGGACUUAUAUUUUGGCUGCGCACGCAUCACUGCAUCAUACGGCAUUGCUCCCUAACGACAAUGUAUUGUGAGGGUAGGCGCAAGGCCGCUAUGCCACACAUGCGCUUGGCCAACGGCCAGGCGCGUGCGUUGGUGCGGGCCGGCCGGGCAUGUGACGUCAGAGGAGUGAUCAACGUGUCGCCUUCAAUGGGCCAUACCUGAGUGUUUGCAUGGUCUGCUCAGAGCGUUGGCGCGCGAAGUGGCGUUCGCCACUCACAACCGGGGGCUCCGCGCGAUCGGGCUGCUUGUGCUUCUUGUGCGGGGCGUGUCGUAAGCCCCAGGGGCCAAGGCCGUGGCGUGCGGGGACAUGCAUGUGAAGAUUGCCCAACCAGGUAGAUUGUAGGUAGGCGGAUAGGUAGGUAGAUAGGUCGGUGGAUAGGUUAGGCGGUCAUUGACGGCGACGUCCCUCGAUCACUGCUCGGGAAGUUGUUGGUAGCCACAGCGUCACAGAUCGGGUCUCAGGGAGCGGCACUUCAACGGUAAUAAUACAACCACGGCAUUUGAGCUCCGUUGGCUAAUAGCUGGAGCCCGCCACCCGGCGAAUGAAAGCGGGGCCAUGCGAAUUGCGGCGGACUGCCGUGUUAAUGCAUUACCCAUGUCACCGCCAAACAACUGGCGCCAGAUACGUGGGGAACUUAACGUGUGGCUGUUGGCUCUGGUGGUUGCGGCAUGUGGUUCGGCAGUGUUUUGCUGGACCGUCGAACGGGGCAAGAGGCCAGUGGUGUUGGGGAUACAAAGUUGUUGGCAUGUGCCCAAGGCGCAACUGGAUGUGUGCCGCUGCCGCAGCCGCGCAUUGCGGCAGGCCGGCGCACGCCCGCGCCCUUGGGUGCGAGCGCCGUGCUCAUACAGCGUGCCAGGAAAGCAAAAGGGAAAAGGCUCCAGUCUGUUGCGUGCCAUACGGUGCGUACAUGUGCAACAGGAGUGUGUGUGUGUGUUUGUGCGUGUGUGUGCAAUGCAGCAGUGUAUGGGCCGCUGCAGUUGCUUGUUGCAGCGAGAUCGUUUGUGCCGUGCCGUAAACAUGAACCCAAAGAGCUAAAACGUCGCUGUGGCGAUGGGGGCAGGUGUGCGAAGUGCGGAGUUCCAGGGAGCGACUUGUGCUACUGCGAGUCGGAAGGAUUCACAUGACCGGCCGGCGGCGGCAACGUGUGGCCAGGCAGCUGUGGGUUGUCCAUGAAGCGGCUAGCGCGGUUGGGCCAAGGCAGGGUCGAACAGCUGCUAGACAUUGUGUGCGUGUGUGUUGAGGGGAACGCAACGCGCGCGUAUGUGGGAGGAGGGGGCUCGAGGCAUGACUUGAGUAGACGAUGGGGGGGGAGGGCAGGCCAUGAGAGUAGCAGGCGAAAGCGCGCGGGAGGCAUGGGCUUGGCAUACGAGUAGGAGCCAUGGCCACCGCAAGGGUAGAGAUAGGGACCCCCACCCAAGCGGGUGGCUGCGAGUGCCGUGGCGCAGCGGUCUGAUGCAGGACUGCACACGCGGCUGCAGCCGGCGCGCCCAUGGCCUGCAGCCAUCCGCGGUUGACGCCUGGCUUGCAAUAUGGUGCCCGGCAAGGAAGGGCUCCCGGUGCUCGGAGUGCAGUGUCGGUGAAAUUCAGGGGGGAGGCAUACGGGGGCCAGACAGAGAUUUUUAGUGCAUGCCGGGGUGCAAGGACUGUUAUUGGGGGGCCCUCCCAGUGUGUGUGCGGUGAGGGAGAGGAGGGGGUCACACAGGUUUGGCGAGAGGAGGGACGCAGGUAGACAACCGGGUAGCGUGGUGGCAGCGGUGUGGCAGUGGCGGUAGCCAGCGCGUGGGUAAGGCGGGGCGGGGCGCUGGCUGGCGGCAGGUGGUAGGGAUGCAGCAGCAUGCAGGCCCAUGCAGGCCUCAGUGUAGAUGUGACAGUAGCUUGGAACGGGCUAUAGGACUUGUGGGGUUGCAAUGAGGGGCGCGUGUGGGGGGGCAGGUGGGUCGCCCCGUAGCACAUGCCCAGGGGCAGGCGGUGGGCGGGCAGUCGGGCGGGCUGUUGCAAUGAUGAUGUGUUACAGGGUUGGAAGUGUGCAUUCCUGAACCUGUAACGAGACUAACCG